AUGGCGGCUGCAUUGACCUCGCGCGAUGAGCCCAAGGCGGCAGAAUAUGCUGGAGACGAAGUCGCUGCGUUGGUGCUAGAUCCAGGCUCGUCCAGUGUACGGGCAGGUUUUGCGGGAGAAGACGCUCCCAAGUCGAUUGUUCCCACCUUCUACGCUUCUACUGGCUCUGAUCGGUUCUUUGGAGACCAUGUGAUUGAUGUGACGCGGGAAGAUGUGGAAAUCAUGAAUCCUGUGGGAAGAGACGGCAUAGUGGAGGACUGGGACGCAGCUGAAGCGCUGUGGAAGUACUCAUUCGCACACAAACUGACGGGAGUGAGACCCAACCGAGCGCUGCAGGAAUGGCUCAACGAUCCCAAAUCCGUGCCCGAUCUGCAGAAGGCGAUGGCAGACGCAGUAGACACCGAGCGAUGCCUGGAAGACCAUCCUCUAUUCAUGACCGAGCCGUCGUGGAACCCACCAAAGGCGCGGGAGAAGUGCGUGGAAAUAGCGCUGGAGUCCUGGGCGGCGCCUGCAUUCUAUCUGGGAAGAGCUGGUGUCAUGGGCGCCUUUGCCGCAGGCAAACCCAGUGCGCUCGUCGUGGAUUUUGGGGCGGCGCAGGUGUCGGUGACUCCAGUGCACGAUGGGAUGAUUCUCAAGAAGGGCGUUACGCGAUCGAACAUUGGCGGCAAUUUCUUAUCAGCGCAGGUGCGCAACAUGUUUGCUGCCAAUGAGCCCGAGCCGAUCACCAUCACGCCCCAUUAUCUCGUUCAGUCGAAACAACCGGUGGACGCGGGACAACCGGCCAACGCGGUGCUAAGACAACUGCCGGAAGGCUUCAAGCCACCCAGAGCUUCCUUCCGGCGGUAUCAGGAAGAGAAGGUCGUGCUUGAAUUCAAGGAGAUCGCGUUACAAGCGUGGAGGAUCGACAACAACAAUGGCCCGUUCCGUGGCCAGGGCGAACUCUUGACCCGGGAGCAACAAUACGCACAUCCGUUUGAGUUUCCAGAUGGAUACAACCAGACGUUUUCGGCCGAAAGAUACCGGGUGGUCGAGUCGAUCUUUGACCCACAAUGCUACUAUCCGCCUCCGUCAGGAUCAGAGGAUGGUCACCUGUACCCGGCCCCAGACGCACAGGGCACAGUUAUGGGACUGGUGAAGGGCGCUCUUGGCCAAGUGGAUGUGGAUAUCCGACCGUUUCUGCUCGCUAACGUCGUUUUGACCGGAGCAGGUUCUCAGAUCCGUGGUCUGCCCGAACGGAUCGAGGCUGAGCUGAGGAAGAACUACCCCAGUGCCCGAAUUCGGGUUCAAGCGGCCGUUCAGCCCAUCGAGCGGAAGUUUGGCAGCUGGAUCGGUGGCAGCAUCGUCGCCAGUCUUGGGACUUUCCAUCAGAUGUGGAUCUCGAAGAAGGAGUACGAGGAACACGGAGCAAGCAUAGUCGAAAAGCGCUGCAAGUGA